AUAAGCGUUAGGGUUUCUCUGUACCCUAAACCUCAAGCCGUCGUCGUCGUCUCCGAAUUUCCCACUCAGAGACAAAAAAACAAAAUGAAGACCAUUUUGUCAUCUGAGACGAUGGACAUUCCCGACGGCGUGGCCAUUAAGGUAAACGCGAAGGUCAUUGAAGUGGAAGGUCCACGAGGUAAACUCACUCGUGACUUCAAGCAUCUCAAUCUCGAUUUCCAGUUGAUUAAAGACGAAGUCACUGGAAAACGUCAGCUUAAGAUUGAUUCUUGGUUUGGUUCUCGUAAGACAAGUGCUUCUAUUAGAACUGCUUUAAGCCAUGUUGAUAAUCUCAUUGCUGGUGUUACUCAAGGUUUUCUUUAUAGAAUGAGGUUUGUGUAUGCUCAUUUCCCUAUCAAUGCUUCUAUUGAUGGUAACAAUAAGAGUAUUGAGAUUCGUAACUUCCUUGGUGAGAAGAAGGUGAGGAAGGUGGAGAUGUUGGAUGGUGUUAAGAUUGUUCGAUCUGAGAAGGUUAAGGAUGAGAUUAUUCUUGAGGGAAAUGAUAUUGAGUUAGUGUCACGGUCUUGUGCUUUGAUCAAUCAGAAAUGUCAUGUGAAGAAGAAGGAUAUUAGGAAGUUUCUUGAUGGUAUCUAUGUGAGCGAGAAAGGCAAGAUUGCCGUUGAGGAAUGAAGUUUGCUAUUGAAAAUGCUAUAUUAGAUUUUAUAUGGUGAAACAGUGAUAUUAUCCUAGCUUUUUGUUUUAUAUCUCUCUUAUGGAUUUGUAGUUUUGUUUUUCGUUAUGAAUCAUUGAUGAAUGCAAAUUCAUUAUCCUCUAUCUUUGGUCUUUUAUUUA